AUGCAUUCCUCACUCGUGCGCGUUCAGAAUGUCUUUGGGUUCUUCACAACGGUUGCUUUCUGUGUCGCAUCGCUGGUAGCUCUGUCAAGCGUGUUGUUUCCAACAGAACCAACAGCUGGCACAGCUGUAGAUAUUACCAACUUCAAAGUAACGAAAGGCAGAGUCCGACAAUACCAUUCCUCGAAACCUCAUGAGCUCGCAGCGAUUAACUUCGACCUUGAAGCCGAUCUGGAACCCCUCUUCAACUGGAACACCAAGCAGGUCUUUGCCUAUGUCUCCGUCUCUUACCCAGGCCAGAAAUUUACUGAGAACGAAGUCGUGAUCUGGGACCGAAUCAUCAGCACCCCCGCAAAGGCAAAAAUCAACCUCAAGAACCAGAAGCCGAAAUACAAGCUUAACGAUAUCACUGGGAAGAUGGCGGAGAGGACUAAUGUAACGCUGACAUUCCACUGGAAUGUGCAGCCGCAUGUCGGCGCUUUGACCUGGGGAGAGAGUGGAAAGUCAGAGCCUAUCACGCUACCGGGAUUUGAGAAGAAGGCGGGGAGCGUUUAG